AUGUCCGUCCUCCGUGAACUUGGUAAAACUGGUGUUAAAAUUCCAACAAUUGGACUUGGAUGUAUGGGAAUGAGUGAGUUUUACGGAUCAUCUGAUGAAGCGGAAAAUUUAAAUGUCUUAAAUCGUGCGAUUGAUUUAGGAUGCGUCUUUUGGGAUACUGCA